CCCCGACUGGAUCGACUAGCUUGCUUGUGGGUCGGGAAGCGCCGCUGGAGCUGUACGAGGAGGGAAAUCAAGCAGCGAGCCUCCGCCAUCAGCACUGGAGACGCUGUCGCUCUGCUAACCCAGCGGGUACAACAAUGGAAUACGAAGGACCCAGUCAUUCAUCAAGCUCUUUCGGCAAUUCCCUGGCAACAGAUUCGCCGCUGGCCUGGAUUGGAUGCGUGGGGUGGACGGUUCCUGUAUCGGCUGAAAACACGUGGCAUCAAAAGCUACGAUCGUCUCCAACAGCGCCUGGGAUGUCCACAUACACUGUGUGUU